GCUUCUCGCAGCGCCUGCCGGACGGCGGCCGACUGCACGAUUUCGUGGACCUCCAGGCCGCUCCGGUGCACGGCGGCGCCGUUCACUACCUGGCUGGCGGGCGGGUGCCAGGACGGGCUCCCGUUGAGCACCCCGGCGGCCGCGGUGCGGAGGACUCUAACGGCGCGAGUGGAGGAUCCCAGGGACAGCGCGGAGGCGAAGAUGUCUCACCCAGGAUCUCGCUACUCCUUCGACGUCCCAAACCCUUGCAUCAACUUUGCGACUUUGAGCGAUGAUGACGUAUACAAUGCAGACGCCUGGUUUGACCAGCAAGCAAAUCUGGAGAACGUCCCUCCUGCAGAAAAUCAGGCCAAGAUCUUGCAGAACAGCCCUGCUUUUUCAAAGCCUGGUAUUGGUUGUUCUUCUGCCACAUCACAAGAAAUAACAAUGGAUGAAACCUGUGGUGAAGAGGAUGGUAAAGCAGAAAAUGUGCAGUCCAAUGUGGUUCCUCAGAAUGUUGUUGGGUCCCUGACAAGCUGGAGAGCUGCUGCUCCCGCAGAGGCAUCUCAAAGAGCGGGCAGAAGACCAGCUACGAAGCAGAGAAAAACACAGCAGCGCAAACAGGCAGCACGGGUCAAAGUGGACAAAAAUGCUACUGCAUUGGCUAACAAGGAAGAGGUUCCACCCCUGAAAAAAAUGAGAAUCCUUAGAGUACCAGGGAAAGCUAGACGAUCCUUACCUGGGCCCUUGGUGAGCUCUGGCAGCAGAGAGAAGCUGACAGGAGUAUCUCCAAAGAAAGAGCCGUUGCAUCAUCCUGACCAUUCCCCGGGAAGAGGGAAAAGCAAACUGACCAUGCCCUCCACACCAACGAUGUUAAAGAGGACCAAUCUUGCUGGCAAGCUGAAGAGUACAGAAGAGCAGGAGUUGGAAAAGAUGCAGCAGUUGCAGCGGGAGGUUAUGGAGCUGCGGAAGAAGAACGAGGAGUCCCUGAAAGCGGCUAUUGCUGGAGCAGGACAACCUGUGAAGAGAGCUGUUGGUCAAGUAACAAAGCCAAUUGACUUUCACUUCUGCACGGAUAAUAGAAUUAAACAACACGGGGAAAGCCAGCCUGAGAAUGAGUACAAGGAAGUGGAUUUUGCAGCAGUACUGAGGAAGCACCCCCCUUCUCCGGUGCGACUGCCAAAGGGACCCACUAUCCCCAAACCCUUCAAUCUGUCCCAGGGAAACAAAAGAAAACUUGAAGAAACCACGUCAGAAUAUGUGUCCCUUGCUGAACAGGUUGAAGCGUUCCAGAAACGUACACCCUCUCGUUACCAUUUGAGGAGCAGGAAAUCUGAUGAAGGCCCAGUCUCAGGAAAGCCGGUGAAGGCACGGCUUACAAACCCUAAAACACCACUGCUUCAAACAAAGCAUCGCUUCAGACCUGUCACCUGCAAGAGUGCAGCGGAGUUGGAAGCAGAGGAAAUAGAGAAAAUUCAACAGUACAAAUUCAAAGCACGGGAGCUUGAUCACAAAAUUUUAGAGGGUGGACCAGCCCUGCCCAAGAAACCCCCAGUGAAGGAACUCACACAGCCUGUUGGCUUUGAUUUGGAAAUAGAGAAAAGGAUUCAGGAGCGUGAGAGUAAGAAGCAGCAGGAAGAAGAGCACUUCGAAUUCCAUUCCAGGCCGUGUCCAACUAAAAUCCUGGAGGACGUUGUGGGUGUUCCAGAGAAGAAGGUGCUUCCAGUUACAGUCCCCAAGUCUCCUGUCUUUGCCUUGAAAAGCAGAACCCGAACAUCCAGCAGAGAUGAAGAGAAGGAAAAGGAAGCGGUGCCUGUGAUCAAAGCUAACCCUAUGCCACAUUACGGAGUGCCCUUCAAACCUAAGAUGCCAGAACAGAGGCAUGUGGAAGUUUGCCCUUUCUCUUUUGAUUCCCGUGACAGAGAGCGGCUAAUACAAAAAGAGAAAAAGAUAGAAGAAUUGCAGAAGGAAGAGAUGCCGAAGUUCAAGGCGUUACCUCUGCCUUAUUUUGACCGUGUGAAGCUGCCAGAAAAGAAGGUCAAAACCCCAACUCAGCCUGAACCAUUCCAUCUACAGAUUGAUGAAAGGGGAGCUGCUAAGCUACAGAGCUGGAAACAGCAGCUUAAAGAAGACUUGAAAAGGCAGAAGGAGGCAGCAUGUUUUAAAGCUCGUCCCAACGUAGUGGUGCACCAGGAGCCUUUUGUGCCUAAAAAGGAAAAUAAGCCAGUAUCAGAGAGCCUUUCUGGUUCUGUAGUUCCUGAAAGUUUUGAGCUGGCAACAGAAAAAAGAGCUAAGGAGCGACAGGAAUUUGAAAAACGAUUGGCAAACAUAGAAGCCAGAAGGGAGAGACUUCAAGAAGAGGCCAGACAGCGAGAAGAAGAGCGUGAAAAGGAAGAAGUUGCUAAGCUAAGACAAGAACUGGUCCACAAGGCAAAUCCCAUACGCAGAUACCGCAACGUAGAAGUGAAGGCCAGUGACCAGCCGCUGACUAUGCCGAAGUCUCCAAACUUUUCAGAUAGGUUCCGGUGCUGACGUGCACCCCUGUGACAGCAGGAGGGAGAGCACAUCCUGCUCCACACUCUUGACAGGCAGAGAGGGAACAGUUGUUUUUAGUGACUUCUCAGUCUCAACUCUUACACUUGGCUCCGUUAUUGUUCUAUUGAGUGGUUUAACUCCAGCUGAGACAGGUGGCUGAGGCACAGCGUACAGGGAGUGCCAUACAGUCCCCAUGGCCUCACUUCACAUCUAGACACCUUGGUCUCUAAAGACUAAACUAGGUAAACUAGGUUUUGAUAUUGUAUACAAACAUUGUGUACUUGAACUAAAUAAAAAUUCAUAAUCUGAUUGCUGUCUAUUGAUAGCAGGUUGAAUCCCUUUCCUGCAGGAGAGCUUUUGGUAAAGGGCUCUCUGAAGCUACAGGGAUGUGCACAUCUGGAAGAGCUGCCUUGUCUCUGUACAUUGAAGCACUGACUUCAAGUUUGUCUCUAGGCAUUUAGUGUAUCUACCAAGCCUGAGUUAUGUUAAAAACUUGAGGCUUCCCCAAGCCAGCAUAUUGCAGGUCUGUCUUGUUGAUGUUCAGAUGAAUGCUAAUAUUAAUCUUGCCCACACUUUAAAGUAGUUCCCUGUGUAUAUUAGAGCAUUAAACCUUCAGCUGUCUUACAGCUGAAGUCAUUCUAUUUGGGGAAUCAGUUACCUGGCAAAUGACUCUGUUCGCUGCCUCCCUGGCUCAUGCUAGCACAGCUAUCGUGGCUAAAGACGCAUUGUCUCCCAGCUGGUCUAGAGUGGCUAGAAGAGCUGAAUAUAGGUCAAAUGCUCUAAUGUGCUAGAGGGCAAAACUUCCAGUAUUGUUAAAGAGGUGAUCGAAUCCCGACUAAACUUCACUAAGAAUGAUUUUUUCCCUGAGCGGGGCGUAAUAGGCUUUAAGACUUGUACGACUGUGUAGGCUUUUCCCUCAUCUUGAGAGAUGACAAAGGCAGAAAGCCCUUUGUGAGCUAAAUUGGAAGACGAACACUUACUGUACCUGAAGAUUUUUUUGGCAGGAAUUCCCCUAAAAAGUGAAAUGCUGGAGGGGUACAGCAGCUGCAAUCUACUGCCAGCAGUGAGAAAGUGUUUUGUAGGCAUAUAUUAGACUCCAGCUCUCCUAAUGGAAGGCUUCCCUGCCCAUGGCAGGGGGAUUGGAGCCAGAUGAUCUGUAAGGUCCCUUCCAACUCAAACCGUUCUAUGAUAUUCUGUGAAAGAACACCAGCCUCAAAAAAAGGAGGAAAAGGAAUCUUAAAGUGUAAGGCCAUGAGGAUUCUUGUUUGACUGUGUAGCUUUAAGUAUUGUGCAGUUAGGGAGUGAGUGACUACGGAACUCAAGACCAAGGGAUUUUGUGUAAGCAUGUUAGUGCUGAAAAGUGAGUGGUGGUGGAGCAGCAGAGCUGCUUCAAAGCGGUGAGCUAAAAGGCAAGGCUCCUUCUAGCCUAAGCUUUAGCUUUUCCUUCUCUCCUGAGGACCUUACUAUGUAUGUGGCAGAACAGGGCCUGAAAGAUUGACUUAGUUGUACAGGAUGGCUUAAGUCAUUUUUUUUUUUUUACUGAUUUUGCCAAUAGCCCCAUGUUGCUGGUAGCUUUGUCAGAGUGAUGCUGUCAACAGCCUGGCCACAGAGGCUGUCACAAGUAGCUACUGACAGCCCUGCUGGCACACAACUUACAAGAAUGACAGGAGCAAGAACAACUUGUAAGUAUCCUCUUCCUGAGAGCUGCUCAGAUUUGCAUGGAUCUGACCAAAGGUGUGUGGAUUUUUUUCUCAGUCUGCCUUAAACUUGUUGCUGUCUCAGUGGAGCUAUUCCAUCUGAUCUGCUAGACAGAGAAAUGGGGACCUUGAAUGUGCAGUCAAGGAAACUUCUGCAGCCUUAAAUGCCAGCUCCUGUGAAGCAGGCAGUGUGUGGGCAGUGGGAGCUGUAAAUAUUCAUGGCAAGGCAGAGGAAAGCCGGAGUGCUGCUGAGCAGUGGAAGAAUGUGCAGGCAAGCAAGAUAACAAGGCUGCUGAGCUGGAGCAGAUAUCGAUCCGUGAAUGAUGGAGCAACUGGAUUUCCGUGGUGGCCUUACAUGGCUCCUCCUUCAGCCUUGAGGAAGGGUUUAUAUGCCUGACAGCUUGUCAGUUUUUUUCCAGCUAUAUCCUUGGGUCUAAUAAAAGAUAUUACCUCUUCCUGCAGCCACGGCCUCUUAUAUUCCCCAUACACUGUGAACUUGGUGAAAGAGGUCCUCAAGGGGCCCUGCCCUGCGUGGUAUGGGGGCUUCUGGCGAGGCUGGUGGCAGUCACCCUGCAGCUUCUCACAAGCUGGGUGGUGUGCUUAGCGUAAGCUGCCCUCGUAACUAGGAGGGAAGCGUUGUCGUGCUUGUAAAAACUGCUUUAAUCUAGGAAAUGUGUAAAUAAGGGAUGUCUCGGAGCUGAAUGGCAGUCACAAAGGGGUUUGGUUAAGGCUUCAAGAAAGAAAUGGGCAGAUGCCAGCUUGUCCCCCUAGAGUGGAAGUGGGGGAAUAAGGCUACAGGAGGGGAGCAGUAGGUCAGGAUUUAACCAAGCUUUAGCACGUGCCUUUAGAGUUGGGGUAGGAUGACAAAGUGGUGUAAAAUCUGUGUUCUUUUUGUGUGCGUUUUGUAACUUCAAAUUGUGAUUUUUGUUUUUUUUUUUUUAAAAAAAAAAAUAUUUUUGUUUUUUAAAUAUAUUCAAAACUCACCAUUAAGUCCUGCUCAUGAAGCUGCUGAGUGGGAUCAGGUAUAAUCAAGUAGAACUUUACCCAGCUUCACUUCUAAUAUAAACUCUCUGCUGUUCUAAGUUCUGUUCUGUGAAGUAAUUUGCUGAACUCGGGCUAGAACAAGACUUAAGCCGCGAUAUUUCCUGGACUUCAUCUUGAAGGGCAGCUGUGAAUUGGAAGCUGUUAGCUGAUGGAGAUUGUUAUUAAAAGGCUUGAUCACACUUGGAA